AUGCAGCUGUCGCAGCAGCCAUUCGAGGACAUUCCAUAUCUCUCGACACCAGCCGUGCAUACAUCACAGCGCAAUGGCCUCUACAGCGGCAACGGGCACAGCGGCAAUGCAGGCCAGGACCACCGGCUGAGGAGCAAGAUAUCGAUGCUCAAGGAGGUCAGCAUCAGCAUUGGCGACGAGAUCCGGGACCAAAACAAGUUCCUGGAGACGAUGGGGCAGGACAUGGAGGGCAUGGGCGGGCGGCUCCAGGCCACAAUGAAGCGGUUCUACGAAAUGUGGGCCAGGCAGGGCUGCGGGCCAUUCUUCUACAUCACGCUGUUUGGGCUCGGCGUAUUGACGCUGCUGUACUUUUACUUGAAGAUGCGGUAG